CGCGUUCACUUAGUUACGUUUUUUAGUAGUCACUAACUACAGGCACUUGCUUUAGAAACCUAAGAACCAAAGGAUAAAGGAUGUACAACGCUGGCUACCAGGUGGACGUGAUCGAUCCGUAUUAUCAACCUCCCGUGGAGGUGAUAAAUGUGGUGGGACCUCCGCCGCCUGUGGAGGUAAUAGUGCCCUCGCCGGUCUACAAUCAACCUGUUGUGGUUGUGGAGCAGCCCAGCUAUAAUCAGCCAGGACCACCAUCAGGACCCAGCGAUGCCGAGUGCUGUAUGCUUUUGGGAGCCUGUUGUGUGAUGGAGGAGUGCGGCCUGUGUGUCAUAAUGUAGAAAUGUGAAAUUUUGUGAAAUACUUGUAAUGGAUAAGAACUGUGUAAACUAAACGAUAAAUAUAGACUGAAAAAGGUUGACCAAAAGAAGUGA